AUGUCCCGUCAUUUGAAAAAAACACUUGGCCAACCAAAUGUCCGUACCGUCGCUGGUGUUCUGAUUGCAAGGAACCAACCAGUCAAACCAGAAUUUGCUCAUCUUGCUCGAAAUGAAUCUAUUCAAAUGGGACACAUCUUCACAAAUCCUAUUCCAGCUGAAGACAGACUUGGUGCGCUAUUCUACUCCCGGCACAAUUACCCCGGAAUACCGAGACGCAAGAUGACAGCAAACGAGGUUGCCGCCCAUAAAAAAAAUUAUGAAUGGAAGGUGCAGACAACGUACACGAACAUUUAUAACCAGCUUCUCUGCACCUACGUCGGCUGGAACAGUACAGCGGCAUUCGUUCAACUCGAUGCGAGAUUCAGGAGGGAGAAUCAAGAGGUCUUGGGAACAGCUAGACAAAGAGACGCAUACCUACGCAGUAUUCAGCGUGAUCCGGAAGCAACGGACGAAAUGAAGCAAGCGACAAGAAUGUGGUUAUCAAUGGGUCUUGAUUUGUUGAAUACUCCGCAUCACCUUUUCUGGCUCUACGAAGACCUCAGCUAUUAUCACACAAAGAUCCAUCGAGUCCACGAUCUGCCGCCUCUGAUUUACUUGUGCCUACGUCGCAAUCUGGUUAUGCCGCCAAGGUUCAAGUACACCAUUUUCAAUGUCGUCGAGGAGAGUGCAAUGGAUGUGAUCCUCUCCGCACAAUCGAACAAAAGUGUUGACGAGCUACAAAAAUCAUACAAGAAAAAGCUGACUAAUGCAAUCGAUACUGCAUGUGAAUCACCGAAUACUUGCCAAUGCAAUAAGCUGUGGCACAUGUUAUAUGCUCCACAACCAGGAUCAACCGAAUCAGAUGCGAAAUAUAUGACACAGAAUGGAGAAGGACGUUUGGACAUGACUGAUUUCGAUGUUUCCGAUUUAAGAGUUGUGAUCGAAUGUUCUGACACGUGCGGUUGUUCUUCCGAAUGCCCUCGCCGAUGCUCUCAACGUGGCCAAACAAAGAUGCUCUUGGUUCGUUAUGAGAAUGAGUUCAUCGAUUUUGCCCUCCGAGCUGCGGAGCCUAUAAGGCAAGGAGAAUUCAUCGUCGAGUACAAUGGCUUGGUCACGCAAGCAGAUACCGGCACCCGAAGAGAUGAAAGCUACGACGUCGCUCUCAACCUUAUCUGCCCGCAACUCGUCAUCAACUCGUCUGCAAUCGGAAAUUUAUCGCGUUUUAUGGCACAUGGAUGUCAACCGAACGCUGCGCUCAUUGAGACUCACUCGAGAGUCAAGGACGAGGAUCCGCUGGUUCCGAGAGUGUCGGUUUACGCCAUAAAAGAUAUUGCUGCUGGGGAAAAAGUAGAAAUCUCGUACUAUCAAGAAGAGCAGCUCAAGUCCAAAGAUGGUUAUCCGUGCAAGUGCCGUCCAGGCUGCACAAACACACUUCCACGUUAUUACUGA